AUGUCUGCUGCGACAGCGGCGAGCUGGCUUAGCACGUCGCAAAUAUCUCCCCUGGCCAUUGUGAUCGUACUUGUAACAUGGCUGCUGUGUCUUUUCUCACUGGGCCUCAAUCGACUGUACCUCUCCCCACUCGCCGGAUUCCCGGGACCGAAGGUGGCGGCCCUGUCGCGAUGGUACGAAUUCUACUACGAGGUCAUUCUCAAGGGGCAAUAUUCCAAGAGGAUAGAUGAGAUGCAUAAACAAUACGGUCCCAUUGUCCGAGUCGCGCCCGAUGAGAUCCACAUCAAGGACAGCGACUUCUUCGGUGAGCUAUAUGCCAAGAGUCCACGCCCGGACAAGCAUGACUGGGCCGCUGGUAGAUUUGGAAACCACGGCUCGGUCAUCACGACGGCCGACUUUGCUUUACAUCGUCGGCGUCGCGCAGCCCUAAAUCCCUUUUUCUCGAAACGCUCAAUCUUAGACUUCCAACCCAUCAUUCGUGAGAAGGUCGAAUUGCUUAGCAGGAAGAUCCGCGAGUAUAAAGACAGGGAUGCGCUGAUCGUCCUGAGCGAUGCUUUCCCGGCGUUUGCGGGCGACAUCAUCACGGAAUACUCAUUCGGGAUAUGCUACAACCACCUCGACUCUCCAGAGUUCUCGGAAUCAUUCCACGCGGCGUUCAUGGCUGUCGGCGAGUUCGGCCACGUCGCAGUCCAGUUCCCGUGGUUCCAUCCGCUCCUAAACAGCCUUCCCCAGAGCCUUGUACGGAGCAUGCAGCCGGCUCUUGGAAGCUUACUACGGCUGCAAAACGAUCUCAGGGACAUGAUCCAACGACUUACCAAGGAAGGGGCCUUGAAAGAGGAGAAGUCGACACACCGCACGAUAUUUCAUGACGUCCUCCAAAGUUCGCUUCCCCCAGAAGACAAGGGCAACCGCCGCAUGGCCGACGAGGCCCAGGCUGUUAUAGGAGGAGGCAUCGAGACGACAGCGUUUGCACUAAGCGUUGGCGCUUUCCAUAUUGUCCACAAGCCCAAGGUCUACGCUCGAUUGCAUCAAGAGCUCGUUCAAGCGAUACCUGACGCAGCCACGAUUCCGGACCUGCUGGAGAUCGAAAAGCUACCGUACCUUCGAGCCUGUAUCACGGAAGCCAUCCGACUCUCCUAUGGAAUUUCAGCACGCAACCCGCGUGUGCUCAGUCAGUCACUGCAGUAUGGAGAGUGGACAAUCCCUCCGCGGACGGUCAUUGGCAUGACCAUCGUUGACAUCCACCACGAUGAGAUGAUCUUUCCGGACUCGCACACGUACUAUCCAGAACGGUGGUUGGGCAAUCCAAAAGCGCCAGACGGUGCCCCACUCGAGCACUACUUUGUCGGCUUUGGCAAAGGGACUAGGGGUUGUCUUGGGAUUAACCUGGCAUGGGCGGAGCUGUUUCUACUAAUGGCGGCCUUGUUUCGCCGCUUUCGGUUCGAGUUGUUCGAGACCGACAUAUCUGAUGUGAAGCUGAAGCACGACUUCUUCGUGCCGAGUCCGAAACUGGAUACCAAGGGCGUGAGGGUGAAGGUCGUUGAAGUAUUCAGGUGA